AUGCCAUUAGACAUGGAACCGACCAAACUUGGCACAAGCCGUAAGCUGAGUCAUACGAAACUGUCCAGAUUCGCCCUUCAUGCCGACAAAGAGGGUCUUGGAGUACUGGAUGACAUUCUCCUGUGCCUCAAUCCCGUCUUCAGCCUGAAAGAUGUUCUUCCAAAAGAUGCUGUACUGAAGCUUGACUUGCCUGGCCUCGGUGGGCAAAACAUAUGGGCAAAAGACGCAUCGGUCUACUUGGCGUUCCUCAAGUUCAUAACGAAGGAGUCUAAGUGUAAUUUCGACGAUUACCUUUCUUUGGCAGCUGUAUUCCAUACACUAGACUGCAUUUACCUUAUGGCCCCCAAUGGUGAACACAUGGCGUAUGGUAAGGCUUUGUCUCGAGAGGAUGAAAGGGUCGCCGAGUCUCAUUUCAACGAUCACAGAGCGGGUUCUAAGCCUCUAAUCCGACAGUCUUCUGGUGACUUGCAAAAGCUUAUAGAACAUCUCUCUCUGUUUUUCCCGGGCACGAUCAAGAAGCUCCUGGUGUUCAGAAGAAAAGGUCUGACCCAAAACUAG